CGCCGCCCCGAGAGCCCGGGAGGCCUUUCCAGAUGGCGGCGGCGGCCGCGCGGUGAGGAUCUCCCUGCCGGGGUCGGGCUGCGGGCGGCUCGGGCAGGCCGCGGGCGCCGCAGGUGGAAGAAGAAAGGUGCCACUCCGGCAUGAAGACAGACUCGCUUAGUCGCCAGUCACUUAAGCUGAGUGCAUUGUGAUUUCCAAUAAUUGAGGCAGUGGUUCUAAAAGCUGUCUACAUUAAUGAAAAGAGCAAUGUGGCCAGCUUGACUAAGCCGCCAGCACACAGCGCGGCAGGACGCGCCCGGGUUUCGGCGGACUUGUGCAUGUUAGCUGUGUAGAUUUAUGUGAGGGCUUGUAAAACUCUGGUCUUUUAAAGUAGUCUUAAGCGCUUUUAAUAUGGAGACAGAUGAGAGCCCCUCUCUGCUCCCGUGUGGGCCCGCAGGAGAAGCGGUGAUGGAGAGCCGAGCUCGCCCCUCCCAAGCGCUGCCCCGUGAGCAGUCUCCACCACCUCCCCUGCAAACGUCCAGUGGUGCAGAGGUAAUGGACGUUGGCUCUGGUGGUGAUGGACAGUCCGAACCCCCUGCUGAGGACCCCUUCAACUUCUACGGAGCUUCUCUUCUCUCCAAAGGAUCCUUCUCUAAGGGCCGCCUCCUCAUAGACCCGAACUGUAGUGGCCACAGCCCGCGCACCGCCCGGCACGCACCUGCGGUCCGGAAGUUCUCCCCUGACCUUAAGUUGCUUAAGGAUGUAAAGAUUAGCGUGAGCUUUACUGAGAGUUGCAGAAGUAAGGACAGAAAGGUGCUGUACACAGGAGCGGAGCGCGACACGCGGGCAGAGUGCGGUCUGCUCCUUAGCCCUGUCAGUGGGGACGUGCAUGCUUGUCCCUUUGGCGGGAGUGUUGGUAAUGGGGUAGGCAUAGGGGGUGAGAGUGCAGAUAAGAAGGAUGAGGAGAAUGAGCUGGAUCAGGAAAAGAGAGUGGAGUAUGCAGUGCUCGAUGAGUUAGAAGAUUUUACUGACAAUUUGGAGCUAGAUGAAGAAGGAGCAGGCGGGUUCACGGCUAAAGCGAUCGUUCAAAGAGACAGAGUGGACGAAGAGGCCUUGAAUUUCUCCUACGAGGAUGACUUUGACAACGAUGUGGAUGCUCUGCUGGAAGAAGGCCUUUGUGCUCCCAAAAAGAGGCGAACAGAGGAGAAAUAUGGAGGAGACAGCGACCACCCCUCUGACGGAGAGACGAGCGUGCAGCCGAUGAUGACCAAGAUUAAGACAGUGCUCAAAAGUCGUGGCCGCCCACCUACGGAGCCGCUGCCCGACGGGUGGAUCAUGACAUUCCAUAACUCCGGAGUCCCCGUGUACCUACACAGAGAGUCUCGGGUGGUCACCUGGUCCAGGCCAUACUUCUUGGGAACGGGAAGCAUACGGAAGCAUGACCCUCCUCUGAGUAGCAUCCCUUGCCUGCACUAUAAGAAAAUGAAGGACAAUGAGGAGCGGGAGCAAAACAGUGAGCUCACCCCCAGUGGGGAAGUGUCUCCCGUCAAGCCCCUGACCCGAUCUGCAGAGCUGGAGUUCCCCCUGGACGAUCCUGACUCCGUGGGCACUGACUCAGGACCCCCGGAUGAGAAGGACCCGCUAGGGGCUGAGGCGGCCCCUGGGGCCCUGGGGCAGGUGAAGGCCAAAGUUGAGGUGUGCAAAGAUGAAUCAGUUGAUCUUGAGGAAUUUCGAAACUACCUGGAGAAACGUUUUGACUUUGAGCAAGUUACUGUGAAAAAAUUCAGGACUUGGGCUGAGCGGCGGCAGUUCAACCGAGAAAUGAAGCGGAAACAGGCUGAGUCUGAGAGGCCCAUCUUGCCGGCCAAUCAGAAGCUCAUCACUUUGUCCGUGCAAGACGCACCCACAAAGAAAGAAUUUGUCAUUAACCCCAAUGGGAAAUCUGAGGUCUGCAUCCUGCACGAGUACAUGCAGCGAGUCCUCAAGGUCCGCCCUGUUUAUAAUUUCUUUGAAUGCGAGAAUCCAAGUGAGCCUUUUGGUGCCUCGGUGACCAUUGAUGGUGUGACUUACGGAUCUGGAACUGCAAGCAGCAAAAAACUUGCGAAGAAUAAAGCUGCCCGAGCCACCCUGGAAAUCCUCAUCCCUGACUUUGUUAAACAGACCUCUGAGGAGAAGCCCAAGGACAGUGAAGAGCUUGAGUAUUUUAACCACAUCAGUAUCGAGGACUCGAGGGUCUAUGAGCUGACGAGCAAGGCCGGGCUGUUGUCUCCAUAUCAGAUCCUCCAUGAGUGCCUUAAAAGAAACCACGGAAUGGGUGACACGUCCAUCAAGUUUGAAGUGGUUCCUGGUAAAAACCAGAAGAGCGAAUAUGUCAUGGCAUGUGGCAAGCACACAGUUCGCGGGUGGUGUAAAAAUAAGAGAGUGGGAAAACAGUUAGCCUCUCAGAAAAUCCUUCAGCUGCUGCACCCGCAUGUCAAGAACUGGGGGUCUUUACUGCGCAUGUAUGGCCGCGAGAGCAGCAAGAUGGUCAAGCAGGAGACCUCGGACAAGAGCGUGAUCGAGCUGCAGCAGUACGCCAAGAAGAACAAGCCUAACCUGCACAUCCUGAGCAAGCUGCAGGAGGAGAUGAAGAGGCUGGCGGAGGAGAGGGAGGAGACUCGGAAGAAGCCCAAGAUGUCAAUUGUGGCGUCUGCCCAGCCUGGCGGUGAGCCCCUAUGCACUGUGGAUGUGUGAGGAGGCAGCACAGCCGGGGCGUGGGGGCCGCCAGCGGCACUGCUGAGACCACCAGUCACGCAUCGCUCAUCACAGAGUCAGGCCUCCAACCUGAGUUCCUCCCCUGUGGCCAGCGUGUCUGAGGGCCUGGGCCGGAGGUGGGGGCUCUGGCACACGGGGACAGUCAUGACCACACAGCACACACGUGAGACAACGGUUCUCCCUUGGAAGCCCUCCCAGGCCUGAAUGGAUGUGUUUAAGGAUCAACUCCGGGUGCCGCAAGGUUGCAAGCUGGUAGUUUCUAGACAGCUGUAGACCGUGCUUGUGUGUACCUGCUGCGGACUGUCUUGAUGAAGGUUUUCAUGAAUUUUAGUACAUGAUGUGCACGGACAGCAGAUGAUACGGGAUGAUGGAUGAGUUGAGAAAGGACGCCGAAUGCUGUGGCCGUGGCUGGCCGUGGUGCCAGGUGGCCCCUGUGCCCAGGGCCCCUACCGAGCCGCUGGGGGGAGCUGGUCAGAGGGGCACAUGGCACUUCGCCCCCACCUGCCUUCUGUGUUUUCCCUUUUUCUCUGAAAAAGUUAUAACAGUUAGAAAGGAGUAUUUCAGACCUUUUUGGUUUAAAAUAAACAGACUUUUAGCAUCAGCACUACUUUUCAGAGAUUGCAGGCAAACCAUCGUCAGAGUGGUUGCUCUCCAGCCUGGAUGUGACGCCAGGGGGACAAUGACAUCCUGCAGCCCACCGUCCUGAUCCAGUCAAUGCCCCAAGGCCACACCUCGCUGGACACGGAGGCCCCACGUUCACUGGCCGCUGGCGACGGUUUUUUACAGAGAUUUUUGCACAGUCAAGUCCAUCUGUGCCCUCAUCGAUUUUUAAAGCUUUUGAUAUUUCAGCAUUUGGAAAGAAACUUUUACAGUGAGGGUGGAAGUAGACUUGGAAUCCUGCAUUUUAGCAAGUGGACUUGUGUAAACAGGAAGCAAGGGCUCUUCAGUGCAGUCCACUCUUGACGCGGGGCUGGCUGAGCAUGUGGCAGGCAGCUGCCUCCUGGUGACAGGGGCUUCCUUGGAUCUCGAGGGCAGCUAUCCCAUGCAGCCAGGCCCCAUGCCCCGUUUGCUCCUUGUCUGGCACCGGUGCUUUCUGGGCCCCUGCAGACGGAGCAGGGUUGGAGCUGUGCUCCUGUUGUGUCCCAGGGCAGGAGGUUGUGCUCAGAGCCCUGUCCCCAGCACCUGUCGAGGCUGCCGUGUGCUUGUGCCAUGCCAACCGAUGCAGGAGCCCAGCGUUCUGCGCCAUCUGCCCCGUCAUGCUGCCCAUGGGUGGGAGUGAUGGUGUUUUUGUGCAGAAGACGGAAUGUUAGCCUGUGGGUCACCCAGAGCAUAUCCCUCCCUCACCACCUGUGUGACCAAGGUUGGCUUCUGUGCUGAGCUUUCAAAAGAAACCCCUAAAUCAAGUUGCUGUAAUUAGA